AUGCGCCAGCCGGGCUCCCGGGUGCAAAAACCCCGCAGCUGCUUUGCAAUCCCUAUUCCAGCCGAGGCUCUGCUUCUCUUAAUCCGAAGUCAAGUCGGUCCCCGGCGCUGCUCGGCUCUCCCGUCUCUUCUUCUCUCCCCGCGCCGCCCCUUCUUUCCCCUCUUCGCGAUCCCCUCCACGGCUUCUGCUCGGCUUCCGUCCCGGCUGCCGGGCUUCUUGGCUCUCCCUUCGCCGCGUUCCAGCCCCUUCGGGGUCGGGCUCCUUCCUCGGACGGUCCGAUCCGCUCCGGCUGACAAACUGAAACUCUGGCAGCAGAGCUUCCCAUUGAAGCGGCUCCGAAGGAGGGGCUUUCCUCCCCCUCCCCACCACGCAUCCCGCCCCGACCAAUCACAGACGUCGGCAGGAAAGGGGGCGGCCCGACGGGAGAAAGCCUCUUUCGACAUCAUAUUCAAACUCAUUUUGAUUCAAGUGCCUUGUACAGGAACAGUCUACUGGUAUUUGAUAAUUGUCAAUAAUGUUCAGAUCUGUGGUAGUAGGAAAGAUUCUCUUCUACACAACUGGAUGGAUGCUUCAACCACCCACAUGAUUAUCUCCAACAUCCACCCUGCCUUUCCUUUGCUGUUGGGGAAACAAGUUCUGGCAGCCUUCUCCAUGUUCCUUAUCCUGACAUUUCUCACCUUAACUGGGAUUUCUCUUGUUAUCAAAGAACCACAUCACACAUGUGAAGAUAUACAGAUCCUUCAAGGAGUUCAAGGCACAAGAGCAGUCACUGGAAAAGCAUUCUCUUAUCCCAUAUCCCCCUUUGCUUGUCGAGGGAAAAUAACUUACUAUGAGAUCACUCUGGCUAAUGAUUCAACUUUGUCAAAAUGGUUGGAAUACAACAUUUCCACAAAUAUACUCCAAGGGAAGCCUUUGAUGGAGAAGAGUGAAGAAUUCCAUCUAGCUAUUGUUGCAUAUGGCAUGGCGUGUAAAACUCCAACCACUAAUGCAGAUUUUGCACUUCAAGAUAGAAUUUGCAUCCAUGAAAAAAACAUAUGUCAGUCUUUUAACAGCAUGUAUUUUGGGGCUUUCAGUAUUUGUUCUGGAAGUUGGUAUGCCAAACACAUUUCCAUCACCUUCGCUGAGAUCAUACUUUAUACAAAGAGGACUCUAGAAAUUAGAGAGCAACUAAAUCUGAUUUGCACCAUGGCAGAAUAUCUCCAUUUGGAUCCUUCCUCACUCACUCUUAUUCCAGUCAAAGACUCAUUUAAUAAAUAUUUUCAGAAUCUGACCAUAUUGGCUGAAGAUAUUAGAUACAUCAACUCUACAAAAAGCCAUUAUGUAGGACUCUAUUGGCCAGUUGGGUUUGGAGUGUUUGCUCUGCUAUCUGAAUUAGUACAAGUUCUAAGGCACAAUGUUGAGUCAAACAAUCUCUCACAGCUAUUGGGAUAUGAAAUUGCUGGGUGGAGAGUUCUUAAACAGGGUUAUGAAAAAAGAUACUCAAAAAAGUGGCAAAAAAGGAAAAUGGCCACCCCAAAACUUACAUGGAGACCAACCAAAACACAGACCUUCACAGUUUUGACAGCUGCUCUGCCACAGACACGCUCUGUUAUAAAGUCUGAAGCAAGUUCAUCGCUUUUCAGUGAAGCCAUUUCCUCAGUUAUCCCUCCUCACAUGGAUAUCAUUACACAGCUUGUAACGAUCAAAAUGGAUUUAGAGACUAUUCAGGCUAAUUCACCAAUAUUUACUAUUUUUCAAUAUCUCUCUUCUGAACUUUCACCUUCCCUGAUAUUAAGCUCAACCGAAUUUGAGAAUAAGGAGACUUUUGGAACUCCACCAAUAUCAGAGCAUAUACUGUAUAAAGUAUCACAAGAUGAUUUCCCCACACCUCAAAAAUCUGAGCCAAAGGAUAAUUCUACAUUCUAUUAUUUGGGUUUGUUUAUGCCUACUACCAAAAAUCAUUUCUCAAAUCCUGUUCACCAUAAAAUGGACAUUCCGCCAGAAGAAAUUUCUUCUAAACCAUCAUCUCCAGAACACUUCUCAGGAGAAAUAAGAAAUUUAAAUUAUCAUAGCCCAUUCAAACAUCUAACAGCAUCUAGAUUUAUAUCUGGAGACAUCAUUUCUAUAAUUAAGCUUUCUCUGACACCCAUGUCAACAUUAACACAUUUAAGGGCAUCAUCAUCUGAACUGCCAUUUUCCAGUGUUGCAGUAUCUUUGCUCUUGUUCCAUGACAGCGAUCAGAAUCAAAAACUAUUUAACGUCUACAGUUAUGCCUCAGAGACUGUUAUGACAUUACCACUGAUAAGACAGAUAGAAGUUCCUAAAUGGAACAAAAGCUCCAUCUUGACCAAUAUUACAUCAGAAUUUGAUGCUAGUCUUACAAACGGUGAUUUUUACCCCAAACCGGGUUUUCCAUCCAAUGCAUGUCCACCAACUCAAUUGUAUUACAGUGGUAAUGCUCCAAUUUCAUCAAAACAUGACACUCAGUUAUCCAGCAUAUCUCUAUUAACAUUUGGAUUACUGUCUAAAACAAUCAGCAUCCCCAAACUGUUUCCUUCUCUGACAUUAUCAAUUCCAGUGGAACUGACAUUAUUAUUUGGAUUUAGUAAUAUACUGCCAAUGGAAAAAUUGCCUGACAGGAAACAGGUUAGCUCAGACAGAAUGAAGACCCAUGAAUCUUUUACAAGUAUUCCAUUAUCGUACAGACUUGUUACUGCAGGAAAUAGUUUCUUAGUAUGUUCUAAAACUGAAAUGGACACUUCUCUAUGGAAAAAAGGAUCACAUUUAAUUUAUAUUACAGCAUCCAGUGCUUUUAACUUAAGCAGCAGAUUCCUUAGUCAAGAAGAGAUAUAUAGAAAAAAUCAGAUAUUGGAGUUGCAUUCUUAUGAAUCUUCAUUGUUUACUCAGCCUCUAGAACUUGCUAAUACCUACAAUUUAUAUUUUCCUAUGAAUCAGUAUGACUCUAUCCAAAAUUUAAUUAGAACACCCGUGAUAGAUCCUGAUGCUUUACAACUGGAUAGAAAUUAUUUAAGUUUGGAAAGCUCACUUGGAACCAAAAUUAAUUUCCAAAUUACAAGGGAUUUUGUCUCAGAAUUGAUGAAAGAAUCAGCCAUUGUUUCCAACAAAGGAAUAUGCACAGAGACUGGAUUUCAUUCCACUACUAUGUACAACAAGGCACAAGGACCAGUUCCUUUUGUCUUUCAGAGCCAGACUAUUCAAACCUUGGUGCUCUACAUUUCUCCCCUAUUAUUUCAUUUGUAUUCAGGUCAGCCAAACACUCCCCCAAGAGUUGUUAAUGCCAUUAAGUGGAUUGCAGCAACAAUUGGACACAGGUUCUCAUUUUCAGUACCACCAGAGACAUUUUAUGAUCAAGAAGAUGGAAAUUCAACUCAACUAACCCUUGGAAUAAACCCAAUUGAUGGUUCACCAACAGAUCUGGAAAGCUGGUUACAGUUUAAUGCCAGUGAUAAAACUAUGUAUGGUUAUCCACUUGAUACUGAUUUUCAAUAUUCCCCUCAGGAAUUUUUACUCUUUGCCAUUGAUUCAGGAGGACUGAAGACUGAAGAUAAAUUCAUCAUAGAAACAUUCAGGCCAACUACUAUCCCAUGCCACAUUUAUACAGUAAUAACAAAAAAUAGCUACCACUCAUUCCUGAAAAACAGAGGAAGAAUUAACAUCUUUUUAAAGAAACUUUCCAAAUACUUGUUUGCAGACAGUCCUGGGGAUAUGAUUCUACUUCAUCUCAAAACUGGGUCCACUGUGUUCAUGUGGUACAGUAAGUUGUUUUGCACAAUGACUGACAAAUGUGCAAGAGAUGAAAUCCAGGAUGUGCUAACUAAACUAGGAAGACCCAUGGAAAAUGUUAAUCCAGAUUUUGCUGAAGCAAUGUUGCCAGAAUUCAAAAUUGAACUAAUUGAGGAAGUUAUAUAUGCUGGGAUUUGCUCACCUAUGAGAAAGCCAACAAAUGAUUCUCUAGCAAUCAACAGGACUGUAACUACAUUUAAAUAUGGCAACUGUUUGAUAACAAAUACAUUCUCUGCCUUGUUAAUUGGUAUAUGUUCUACAACUCUAGCAUUUCUGAUAGUUGUUCAUUAUCAGAAGUGUCACAAGAAAACAUUUCAACCACAAUGUGCAUCUGUUCAUGGAAGACCUUCCUGUGGCUACAUCGAUUUGGAGAUGGAUAUGCUGAGUUCUUGCAAAUCUCCUAUACUUGAACAAGACGUUCCACCAUCAACUUUGUUGCCAUUACCUGUGCCAGUGGUUUCUCAACCGCAUUCCUGCAAAACAAAUAGAGGUCUUGUUAUCUCAAGACUUCCAGCACCUCCAAAAUACAGCCUUCCACCAUUGUAUGGAAGAACUGAUACGGAUUCAGUAUGACCCUAGUCACUUAUUCCAGAACUAGAUUAU